GCCACAACUCUCACUGCCUCCUCUUCUUCAACACUAGCUCAGCUUUCGGGAGAUAGCAUACCACACUAAAAUCAAAGCCUGCUAACUCAAUAAUUCACUAUGAAGAUUACACCACAUUUAGUAUUUUUCACUCUUCUUGGAGCAUCACUGGCGGUGCAGCUGAAUUACUUAGCACCUACUAAUGGAUUUAACGGCAACGGAGGCAAUGGUAAUGGUGGAUAUAGCAACGGUAAUGGCAAUGGGAGAUACAAAAAUGGUAAUGGAAAUGGCAAUGGUGCCUAUGCUAAUGGAAUCAGUAAUGGUGCUUACACAAAUGAUAUCGGAAAUGGAGGUUUUUCUAAUGGCAUUAAUGGUAUAAAUGGAAACGGAGUAAUCGCUAAUGGAUAUACAAAUGGUAAUGGAAUAACAAACGGAAAUGGUGGUUUUUCCAAUGGAAAUGGAAACGGGUAUGUCAAUGGUGGAUUUAAUGGAAAUGGCAAUGGUGUAACCAGUGGUAAUGGUUAUGCAAAUGGUGGAUCCACCAAUGGAGUGAUUAACGGGAACGGGUUUUACAACGGAUUGGAGGAUCCCAUCACCGCCCUGGCUACUGCUGUAAGAGGUGAACCCGGCGUGGACUAUCCCAUCCUGGCUUCUGUACCCGACACAGGAUUCACCUGCAGUGGACAGAUCCCUGGAUACUACGCUGAUAUUGCCCUCGAGGCCGGCUGUCAGGUGUUCCACAUCUGUCAGGCAGAUGGCAGGAGCGACUCUUUCCUGUGUCCCAACGGUACCAUCUUCAACCAGCAGUACUUCGUGUGUGAUUGGUGGUACAACUUCGACUGUUCCACCGCCCAGCAGUUUUAUGGUCUCAACGCUCAGAUCGGAGUCGUGAAUGGUAAUGGGUACUCCAACGGCAUCGUUAACGGAAUUAUUAACGGUAAUGGAAUUUACGCAAGCAGAGUAAAUGGAAAUGGUGCACUUAAUGGAAAUGGAGGUAUAACUGUCAAUGGAAAUGGGUACACCAAUGGAGUUAAUGGAAAUGGUGUAGCCUCUCUUAAUGGCAAUGGCUAUACUGUUGGAAAUGGAUACAGUUAUAGCAAUGGAAAUGGCGGUAAUGGUAAUGGCAACGGAGGUAAUGGAAAUGGAUUCAUCAGUGGAAAUGGCAACGGAGGUAAUGGAAAUGGAUUCAUCAGUGGAAAUGGCAACGGAAACGGCAAUGGUUACACCAACGGUAAUGGAUUGAUCAUUGGCAAUGGGAAUGGUGUCAAUGGCAAUGGACACACUAACGGUAACGGACUCAACGGCAAUGGCUACACAAAUGGUAAUGGCUUAACCAACGGUAAUGGAUUAGCCACGGGCAAUGGUAACGGCUACACUAACGGCAACGGUUUAACCAAUGGUAACGGAAUUAACGGUAAUGGUUUCACCAAUGGUAACGGAAUCAAUGGAAACGGUAUUAAUGGAAACGGUUACGUCAAUGGUAAUGGAGUCAACGGAAAUGGUUUUUCCAACGGAGUUAAUGGUAAUGGAUUUAGCAUAACACCCUCCGGCUUGUACCAGACACCCACCUUCGUGUUCCACAUCUGUCAGGCAGAUGGCAGGAGCGACUCUUUCCUGUGUCCCAACGGUACCAUCUUCAACCAGCAGUACUUCGUGUGUGACUGGUGGUACAACUUCGACUGUUCUACCGCCCAGCAGUUCUAUGGUCUCAAUGCUCUGAUUGGUGUUACCAAUGGCAAUGGUUAUUCAAAUGGCAUUGGGCUUACCAAUGGUAAUGGUAACGGAUACACUAAUGGCAAUGGACUCACCAAUGGAAAUGGUAAUGGAUACACUGAUGGCAAUGGACUCACCAAUGGCAAUGGCCUCACCAAUGGCAAUGGUAAUGGAUACACUAAUGGCAAUGGACUCACCAAUGGCAAUGGCCUCACCAAUGGCAAUGGCCUCACCAAUGGCAAUGGUAAUGGAUACACUAAUGGCAAUGGACUCACCAAUGGCAAUGGACUCACCAAUGGCAAUGGACUCACCAAUGGCAAUGGCUUCACCAAUGGUAAUGGUAAUGGAUACACUAAUGGCAAUGGUAAUGGAUACACUAAUGGCAAUGGGCUCACCAAUGGCAAUGGUCUCACCCAUGGGAAUGGUAAUGGAUACUCUAAUGGCAAUGGACUUACCAAUGGUAAUGGAUACUUUAAUGGCAAUGGGCUAACCAAUGGUAAUGGAUACUCUAAUGGCAAUGGGCUAACCAAUGGCAAUGGUAAUGGAUACUCUAAUGGCAAUGGGCUAACCAAUGGCAAUGGUAAUGGAUACUCUAAUGGCAAUGGGCUAACCAAUGGCAAUGGUAAUGGACACUCUAAUGACAAUGGGCUAACCAAUGGUAAUGGGCACAGCAACGGAAAUGGUUAUUCAAAUGGGAAUGGUAUUACAAAUGGUAAUGGAAAUGGCAUAAACGGAAAUGGCUACACGUACGGAAACGGAAUUAAUGGCAAUGGCGUUCAGACCAGUGGAAAUGGCUAUACUAACGGUAAUGGCAUUAAGGCUAACGGAAAUAGCUACACAAACGGCAAUGGAGGAAAUGGCAACGGAAACGGAAGUAAUGGUAACGGAUAUGGUCACACUAAUGGGAACGGAAGUAAUAGCAAUGGAAAUGGCUAUGCUAACGGGAACGGAAGUAAUGGUAACGAAAAUGGUAAUCGUGUUAAUGGAAAUGGACACACAAAUGGUAAUGGGUACAACUACCUAGCUCCAACGUAAAUACUGUGACCUUCACUCUCAAGUUUCUGUCUCUGGAACAUGUGAAGCUGCGAAGUGUCCACACUUGUGUCUCCAUGAACUGUAGAAGAGACUGAACAGGGUUUUAUCUGCCCUUUAACAGCUGUUCUCUUCAACAUCUGACUUUAUCUGUCUGUCUGUCUGUCUCGCCACUGUUAAAACAGCCAGGUUGUGUGAUACUUG